CACGAAACAGAGUGGACGCUUGCAGUUUGUAGAUAAAUCAACGAAAUAUACGAGAUUUUUCGACGUGAUAAGACGAUGGCUAGGACUAAGUCGAAAAAAACACGAGAAGAAAAGUUAGUUGAAGCAAAAUUACGUAGAAGAAAGAAGUAUGAGGAAAUUAAAAAUGACCCCGAAAAAUACGCCGUUCAAAAAGAAAAAGAACGACUGAGAUACUUGAAGCGUAAGGAACAAAAACAAAUCAAGAGUGCGGCUGAUAUGACGCCAAGAGAAAAAAGACUUCAAAGAAAGAAAUGGAAGGAAAAUACCAAAAGAUACAUAGAAAAACAGAAAGCAAAUAGAAGAAUUCAGCAAUUGUUAAUAGAUGGCACCCCACCGUCAAGCGACCGUGAAGAUACUGUAGAUUUAAUUAAUCAGCAAGAUCCAUUAGAAGGAACAUCUCGCGAAGCUAAUAGUGUAAUUAAUGCAAAUUGCAAACUUUGCCAAAAAAAAAUAUAUUUGAUAAGGAAGAUACGAUACGUACACAAAAAUGAAAUAAGUAAACUCAAGAAAGAGAAAGAAAAAGUUGAAAAGGAAAGAGAUGCAAUUAAAAGGGCGUUAAGAAGGAUAACUAAGAAAAACCAAAUACGACAAGAUCAUCACAGCCAAAAGAAUACACAAGAGAAAGUAGAUAGGCUAGUAGAAACUAUAGACGAGAAUAAGCGGGAAGAAGUAAAAAAGAAGUUAUUAUUCAGUGAGAUAGUAAGUAGAAAUUUAUCCGAAGGGUAUAAUUGCCUUAAAAAGAAAGAAAAACGCAUAUUUAGCGACAUUGUAAUUCGAAACAGAGACAAAUUUAAAAAGCACAAAAUAUUAGGAAUGACUAGCACCUUUUCAGUACGACCCGAAUCUCAAGAACAAAAUAUAAAAUGUAAUAAAAUAGACAUCAAACAAUUAAUUGAAGAAUUUUUCCAGGAUGAUUUAAACACGAAGAUAUCUCCAGGGAAAAAUGAAUUCAUAACUCGAAAUGGCGUAAGAAAGCAAAAAAGAUAUCUUAACGACACCCUCAUAAAUCUCUAUAAAAAAUUUAUAAAAAAUCAGAAAGUAGGAUAUUCCACAUUCUGCAAAUAUCGCCCAUUUUGGGUACUACAACCAAAAGAUUCGGAUCGGAAUACCUGUGCAUGCAAAAUACAUGUAAAUUUUGAUUUAUUAGUGAAGAGCCUCAAUAAAAAUAAAAUAAUAGAAGAAACAAAUGGAACUGCUUUGCUGCAAAGUUUAUGUUGUGACGCUUAUAGUGAAAGUUGCCUAAAUCGAACGUGCAAGGUUUGCCAAAGAAGAGUUUUAAACUAUAAAGAAUUUAACAAUGACUUAAAGAUAAACUAUUACGAAUGGUGCACAAAAAGAGAAAAUUAUGAAACGAAUGGAGAUGAGAAAAUUAAAAUUGUAAACACAAAAAUAAGAGCAACAGAUCAUCCAAAAAAUAUUAUAGAAAAGCUGGAAAAUUCAUCAAAAUCAUAUUUUAAACAUUGUGCUAACAUUCUUGUUCAGUAUAAUCAUUUAAAAUCUCUAAAGGCAACAUUAUCUUCUAUGGAAGCUGUAGUACAUAUCGAUUUUUCGGAGAAUUACUCAAUUCAGUUUAAUGAAGAAAUCCAAAGCUUUCAUUUUGGUGGCAGUCGUACACAGAUAACAUUACAUACAGCAGUGUUAUACAUAAUUGAUCAAGAAACUGGAAUCUUGAAGCCAUAUAGUGCUUGCAGUAUUAGUGAAUGUAAUAAACAUGAUGCAAGGGCGAUAUGGGCUCAUCUGCUACCACUGCUUGCCUAUAUCCAAGAAAUAUCACCGUCGAUUGAUACAAUUCAUUUUAUUUCAGAUAGCCCAUCAAGCCAAUAUAGGAAUCGAUACAUGUUUUACGUGAUUAGUCAAUUACAUUUAGAUUUUCCGGAGCUCAAAUCUAUUACUUGGAAUUAUUUAGAAGCAGGACACGGAAAGGGGGCACCGGAUGGUGUUGGGGCCGUUUUAAAGAGGACUGCAGAUCAAAUUGUGCGGCUGGGUAGAGACAUAGGUAGCCUAGAAGAAUUUUGGACAUGUGUAGAGAGCAAAGUAAAAAAUGUUAAAUUGAUAUAUGUAUCAGAUCGUGACGUAGUUGAAAAACAAAUUCCAUCCGUGGUUCAGCCAUUUCAUGGAACGAUGUCAGUGCAUCAAGUCUUGUGGUCCAAUAACUAUCUAAUGACAUUUAGAGCUCUUAGCUGCUUUUUCUGUGAAAAUGGAGAAAUAUGCACACAUGGAUACCAUCUCGGAUUUAUGAACUUGCCAGAGCCGAUCCUCACUAAUAGCACUAUACAGGCAUCAGAUGAAAUUUUAGCUUUAAAUAGUACAGGAAGUUUUUUAAGGGAUUUAGAACCCUGUAAUACAAUACACCAGGCUCAAGAACAAAAACCUUUAACUAGCGUAGAACCAAAUAUUCAUAUUUCGUCAAGUAUUAAUCCAAAUAAAACUAUUACAGUCCUUUCAGACAUAAAAUUACAUUGGUCCAACAAGGCUUUUUCAAUUGACGAAAAAUCCAAAAAAAGACCAAUAAAUAGAGUAUUAAGUAACUUUUUUGAAGAGGAUUCAGAAGAAGAGUUAUUUAGCAUUAAAGAAUCGAAGAAGAAUUCCAAUUACUAUUUUGGUGAAGCAUCUACUGUAAUUCGAAAGAUAAAAGAGGAAAAUAAAAAACCACUAAAGCAAACAUUGGUGAGAAACUUUUUCGAUGAUUCUUCAGAUGAAGAGAAUGCUGAAGAUAGUGUGUAUGAAAAUAAACGCAUAUAAUAAUAUAAACGAAGGUGACUUAAUAAGAUUGUUAAUUGUAUGUUUUUGAUUAUUCUAAUAAUUACUCCUAUUUUCAAGCACUUUGGGCUGCUUUCAUGAAAGUAAUUUAAGACUGUAUUCAGAGUACCUAAUAGAUUUAAGUUCUCUAAGAUCCAUAUAGAUUAUUUUGUGAUUGUAACUUUUAAGACUGUCUAAUUAA